UCGGAUCGGAAAAGGAAUCGAAGCUAGAGAUCACAUAUAGCAUAGUGUAGUAACCACUUACCAGGUAGCUUUGGCAACCGUCGUCACGUGAUCGUGUCGCGAUCGUUCUUUCUGCCCGUCAUUCAUCUGUCGUCUCGUCUUGUGCAAUUACCCGUCGAACGCCGAAGAAUGCCUCGCAUCUGGAUUUGUGUACCGAGCUCUUAACGUCUGUCUGCAGAAGUCGUCUACGACUAUAGAUCCGCGCGAGUGCCUGUCGAUCAACUUGACCUUUCAGCUCUCAGCUAUCAGAUCAGGAAAUUGCUCGAAUUCCUGCCCGAAAAUGUCUUCCCCAUAUGCGAUCUUGCCGAUCGCCCUGCUAUAUCUUUGUCUCAGCCCGUCCAUAAUUGCCCAAGACUCCGAGUUUGCGGAACGCAACCACAAGAAACGCCAAAUCUAUCGGGAACAAGUAUUGCCACAUGCGGGCGGCAAGAUCCCCGACACCGCCUUUGAGACGGAUCGUCUGUUCCUGAAUCGCCUGCAGAAGGAGGGCAUCGCCGUGCCAGAUGGCAUAGUGCCCGAGCAGCGGAACCCUCAGGUGUACCAGUACUACAGCAAACCCAUGCGCACCGUCUUCCACAUCGCCCUGAGUUCGGAUGGGAGGUAUACGCCGCGGGAAGGUCGGUACCACUACCGCCAGGUGCCCACGGUGGAGACCACGUACCUGUACCCCCAGGCUGUGGGUCGCCAGCACGUGCUGGUGCCCCCGAAGCACGCCCUGCCCGUCUACAGGCAGCUCCAGUUGCACAAUCCCCUCCUCAAUCAGGUCAAGUUGCAGCCCAAGAAGAUGCCCAAUUUUCUGGAACUGGCGCCCACGGUGGGCAAGAGCCAGUCGAACCCACUGGCCGGAUCGGCCAAGGCGCAGUCUUAUCAGAAUGUGAAUCUGCUGCACGGUCACAGUCCGGCGCUGCCGGCUUUCAAGAAGACCUCCAGGGGCAGCAAGACCUAUGUGGACAGCUAUGGCGCAACCCAUCUCUUCAGCGAGUUUGACGAUCUGCUGAACAAGCUGGACCUGCAGCAAACGGGCCGCAAGAAUUAUUAGUUUUAGUGCUUUGAAAAAGCCCAAAUUUAGUAGAAUUUAUGGAUAUAACCAAUGUUAACAUCUCUGGAGAAGAGUUAAGUUUACGAGUGGCUCAUAAGCAUUAUCUAACCAUGUGCAUAUCAUUUCAAAACUUUUGCCAUACGCCCGCUCACCGAUUAGUGCAUUUCCAUUCCCAUUCCCAUGUUUGCAAUCCAUUCAUGCGCAGCCCAUACUCAGAGAGAAAUUUCGUUCAUAAACCGAUCUAUACAGAACAAGAUUGGAUUGUUAAUAGUGAAUAAAAAUUCAAGGAGUAUGUACUCUUAUAAUUAUCAUUUUCUUACAUGUUUAAAAUUUUGAUUCAUAAAUUUUUUAGGUCAAUAUUUUCACUAGAGGUUUUAAAAAAAUUGUUGAAACAAGAAACUAUGCUAUUCCAAAAUUAAGGUAAAAAAGGCUCAAUAAUCUAUAUUUCUCCUCCACUUUGCUGCUUUAAAAAUCGUUGUUAUCACUCAUUAUAAAAUAUUCAUUAUAAUCAAAAGAAAGAUCGUCAAAAGAAGUAAAGUAAAGUAAGUAAAUUUCGUUCUGUGUAGCCAGUUGCAUCCACCCAUCGCUUGCCAACCCAUCCACGUAUUAUAGCGUCUAAGCCAGGCCGAGCGAAAUGGGAAUUCAUCGCUUUUAGCUAGUUAAGCGU